GUAGCUGUGAACAUUUGAAGCAAUGGCCCUAUGCAGCUUACCUGGGUUGCUAAAGAGCAGAUCCAAAGUGGAGGAUUUCUGAGGGCAGAGGGCCAGGAAAUGUCAGGGAUGCAGCUGCUAUGCUGGGACCUUUUCCAGUUCAUUAUGAUUGGCAAAUAAUGCUAAAGGAGGCCCAGAACCACUAAUGAGGGACUACUAGGAAGGCAUCAUCCACACCCUUCUUCCUCACUGAGCAGGAGCAACAGCUGAACCAGGUGGAUAAACUGACCCUUCAGCUACAGAUGAUGACCAAUGAGAGGAAUGAACUGCUGGAACUCCUGGCCCUUUAUAACAACAAUGAGUUGAACAACAGGCUGAUAUCUGAGCUUGAGAUGCUGAAAACACAACAUGAGAAGGAGAUGUCAGAUGUGAAGAAAUUCCCCAAGGAGAUCUGUGAGGCCUCGUACAAGUACAAGGAGCUGAGUGAGCAGACCAACUCCUACCGCACCCUCUACAGUCAGCUCCUGAGGCAAUGGACUCAGCUAAAGGAAAAAGUGAGCAUGUUGAAAAAGAACAACAGAAAGCUGCAGAGGGAGCAUAUUUUACUACAAGAAUCCUGUGACGAGGCGAGGAUGCUCAAUGUGGAGGCCUAUGGGAAGACCUAUGACCUCUGGACAAAGCAGAAGCAGGAACAUCAAAGACUUGAGGAAAAUCUUCAGUCCCUGCUGAAGCAGAAGGAGCUGCUCACCUGGCAAAGGGACUUGGCAGUAAAGCUGCAGCAUCACUUCACUGUGUACCAGAUGAGGUUUGAAAACCUCCAGCAGGAACGGAGCAGACUACAGUCCAGGAUAAUAGCUUCCUGCACAUGGAGCUGCUGAAGCAGAAAUACUAUGUCCCAGCACCUGUUAAGAAGAAUGAGAAGGCAAGAAGCAGCCAGGACACCUUGAAGGCAUGACAUUCUACACUCCAGGUUCAAGGCCUCCUCAGAAAAUGCCACCUCUUUUCAGCUUUGAACUCACUAGUGAUGCAAAUAUCAACCUACCAUCAGGGGAUCCAGCCAUAAUCUGAUCCACAUCUGUUGGCUCACUAUCCCCAGAAAAAAGUUUGUGUCAGAAAUAAGUCUAAGAUACAGAGAACACAAAAUAAAUUACUAAAAACCCUGAGUCCAUAUGUGAUGGGAAAUCUGACAAGAAAGACUGUGUUAAUGUCACAUUGCCCUCCAGACAGACCACACCAAAAGCAUAAGAUCCUCUCUAAUGCAGUGCUGAUGCUGACGCCAUGUCAUGGGCAAGUGUUGCUGAAGAUAAUUCUCUACAGAAAAAGCCAGUUCCUCAUCGCUCUUGCUCUUCCAUAAUGAAAUUCCAAAGAAAGUUGUAAUUUCCACAAUUUUUUUUUGUUUUAUAUCUUGGUAUAUUUAUGCUUUGGUUUUUGGUUUUCUUCAUUUUCAUUUAAGGUUGUGUUAAUUUUUGUUAUUCCUUUUAUCUUGUCAUUGUUUUAAUAGUUUGCUAAGGCUAUACACUGUAUAUAAUGAUGCUGUUUUGAAAGCCCCCAUUGAGUAAAAUGAAUGUAUUUUAUGAAUAAAAUAAAUUUCAAACUGUUCA